AUGAGCUUCUCUGACAAUCGCAUCAGCGCCACAACUACGACCACCUGCACCGUUGCAAGUCCAGUUCGCCGGGCUUACAACGAGUUGCCACAAACCAUGACCAUGACCAUGCCUCUGACCGGCCUUUCGCCGCCCUCGAAAGGUUUCUUCGCUCCCUCCUCCAUGCCCAACUCGAGGACGGACGCCUCGUCAAACGGCGCCAUCUCCUCCGCAGUCCCCAGCCGUGGUCGCAGAAGAGAAUCGAUCACGGGCCAGAUGCGUCGGAAGGCAACCGACACCGCUUCUGCCGCUGGUGCCGGUGGCGCCUCGGGACUGUCCAUGAGCCGUGCCGCCGCAGGUGGGCCUGGUUCUCCCAACGGACGUCCAAUCCCCAUGAUGGCUCGCUCCCCUCGGAUGGGCGCCGUCGAGCUCGGCGGUCUCUCGACAUCGUUUGGUGCUGCAGCUGAGGCGCUUACGCUGUCCUCGUCCCUCGCUUCCAACUCGACAGUGGCUCCUGGGUCGUUCCAAGCUCGUAGCAAUGCACAGCCCAUCAAGAAUGAGGGUCGUUCGCAGGGCCACUCGCACCUCGGCGUCGAAUGCUUCGGCCCCUCGAGCUUGGACAGCUCCAUGCCCAUGCCCAGUCCGGGAAUGAUCACUUCGCACUCGAGUGCAGGCGGUGCACUGGACAACGGUAAUAAGCGCGACCGACGUACCUCGGUGAGCUCUACGGGCACCGUUGGCGACGACGACGAUGACAAGGCCGGCAAGCACGAGCAGCUCCACCGCUGCGAGAGCUGUGCCAAAGUGUACCGUCAUCCGAGUUGUCUUAUCAAGCACCGCUGGGAGCACACUGUCUAUUGGAAGGAGGCAUCCAAGUUCCUCAUGAGCAAGCAUCAGCAGGUGCAGCUUCUUGAGGCAGCAGCCAUCCUGGUAGGCAUGGACGCCAACGCGCGAUCGCUGCCGGAAGAAAAGGCUCUGUGGCCUGCGGCCGUCAGCCCUCCGUCUUCGGGUCUUCUUGGCUCCGAGUCGAUCAACUUUGAAACCUUGAUGGCUUCGAAGCGUCGCAACACGGUCAGCAGCAAUGCGAGCGGCAGUCCGGCACGCGGACCUACGCCUUCGCUCGUGCUCAACGACAGCAGCGAUGGUAGCACCACCAGCACGUACGAUCCUUCGAUGCGCAGCGCCACCAUGAGCCCUCUCGCGGGUCUGGGCAAUAUGCGCCUCACCGAGAACGACGCCAAGCACCCCCGUUAUCGUUUGGACGACAGUGCAAGUGGCAGCGGCAGCGGCAGCGAUCGUGCGGAUCGUUCGGGCUCGGCCGACAUGUACGACGAUGAAGACGUUGAGGAAGAGGAUCGGCUUGAUCAGGGUCAAGAGCGAUACGGUGCGGACGCGGGUGGUGACGUGAUGGCCAACAUGGAGAUGGACGACGUCAACUAG